AUGUGGCACUAUUCAGUUUUCUACAGUUUAGUUGUAUUUUUUGCCAAAGAUGAUGAAAAUGUUGUUGAAAAUGCAUCAAUUUAUGGAAAAAUAACCUGUGAUGGGAAACCGGUGGAAGGAGUUCGGAUAACUAUGUUGGAUGAUAAUGGUGAGUGUUAUGACGUGGCAAAAUUUGGGUCAAAAAUCCUCUACUUUCUAGCCUGGAUCUUUGACCACAUCCUAGAUGUCUUUGAAACCAACAAACUCGGAAAAUAUCGACUUCACGGAACUCCUCAUGAUCAAAAUCUAGAUCUUCUUCUCAUCAUUGAACAUAGCUGUCAUCAAAAUAAAAAUAUAAAAACUGGCCAAAUCGUAGAUUCCUAUUCCGAAUUUCGAAUUCCUCGAGAAGUUUUGGAGGAGAAAAAUUUCGAUUUGAAGUUCAAUGUGGAACUUGGAAGAAAUCAGAAGAUCUGUAAUUCUGUGCCCGGAUUAUUUUUGUGGAAAACUGCGGCCAAUAUUAGAACGUGAGUUGAAUUUGCAAAUGUUUUGUCCAAAAUUAAAAUUUUUAAUUUCAGAAAAAUUGCUGAAAAUGCGGAAGAUUUGAAAAUUUGGAUGUCAGAGACCUAA